AUGCAGCGAAGAGGAUUUGGUACAGGAUUUGGCAGCUCAAACGGCAUCUCCCGCAACCAGCUAGCCACUGUUGAAGAGUCCGCGAAUCGCAACGCUGGCAAUGCCAACAUGCAAAAUGCCUUUUAUCAGCUCCUCCUUCGAGCAAACAUGCCUGGAAUCCUAGUCGAACGCUACCAAUCAGGACGAUUUGCGACAAACGCAGCAACCGAGGAAGCUUACAAAAAAGCAUUGACAGCACUUAACGCAGGCACCAAUACCACCAGUGGGCCAUCUGCUCCAUCUGGAUACGCUAGAGGACAAUGGGCUACUCAGGAGCAAGCUAUUGCCAAUGCUGCUGUCGCUGGUAGCUCGUACGGUUCUGGAGCUAAAGGAGGCAAAGGGGAGCCAAUUCACGUCGUCGUUCAAGAGUCAACACGGUCGCUCAUCUUUCGCUGGGUCAAAUUCUUUGCGACAUUUGUUGUGGUUACGUAUCUCUGCUUCGCCGCUGUCACGAUUCUUAUCGAGACUUUGAGUACCUUUAGACGUGGCCCUGGAGCCAAGACGGACUCGGAGGUAAAGGCAGAGAAGCAGACGACCCGAUUCAGUGACGUACAUGGAUGCGAUGAGGCCAAAGAAGAACUGCAGGAGGUUGUUGAAUUCCUCAAGAACCCAGAGAAUUUCUCUGACCUAGGCGCCAAGCUUCCCAAGGGUGUUUUGCUGGUUGGUCCCCCAGGAACCGGAAAGACAUUGCUUGCCCGAGCCGUGGCUGGAGAGGCUGGAGUGCCCUUCUUCUACAUGUCUGGUAGUGAAUUUGACGAGAUCUUUGUCGGCGUGGGAGCUAAGCGUGUGCGUGAGCUCUUUGCUGCGGCCAAGGCAAAGUCCCCUGCCAUCAUAUUUAUCGAUGAACUGGAUGCUAUUGGCGGCAAGAGAAACCCUCGAGAUCAGGCACAUGCGAAGCAGACUCUUAAUCAGCUCCUUACCGAGCUCGAUGGAUUCGACCAAGACACCAAGAUUAUCAUCAUGGGCGCUACUAACCUGCCAAACCUGCUUGACAAGGCUUUGACCAGACCAGGUCGCUUCGAUCGUCACAUCAACGUGGACUUGCCGGAUGUUCGCGGUCGCCUCGCUAUUUUGAAGCACCACGCCAAGAAGAUCAAGGCGGCCCCGGAUGUUGAUUUGGAUGCCAUUGCUGCUCGCUCUCCUGGACGAUCUGGUGCUGAACUGGAAAAUAUGCUUAAUCUCGCUGCCCUUCGAGCCAGCAGAGCUAGAGCCACGGUGGUUUCCAAGGAAGACCUGGAUUGGGCAUUUGACCGGGUUACCAUGGGUGCCGAGAGGAAAUCAAUGGUUGUUACGGAAAAAGAAAAGGAAAUGACAGCUUAUCACGAGGCCGGCCAUGCGCUUGUGCAGCUUUUUGAAAAGGACAGCUCCAGCAGACUCUACAAGGUCACCAUCCUGCCGAAGGGUCCAUCUUUGGGGCAUACUGCCCACGUGCCGCAAAUGGACAAGUACUCAUACACUGCUGCCGAGUAUAUGUCUAACAUUCGCGUGCUUCUUGGAGGGAAAAUGGCUGAAGAGAUGAGAUAUGGUGACGAUAAGGUUACGUCUGGAGUAUCAAAUGACUUGGAGAAGGCUACUGAUUUGAGUUUCAUGAUGAUCACCAACUUUGGCAUGUCGAAUGUGCUGGGACCCGUGGAGUAUGGCAGAAGAUAUGAAAAUCUCAGCUCCGAAACUCGAGCUAUGAUUGAAGGAGAAGUUCAAAAGACUCUGAAGAAAUUAUAUGAGGACGUAAGAAAACUACUCACGGAAAAGCGGAAGGAGCUCGACCUUUUGGCGCAAGCUCUUGUUCAGUAUGAGACUCUGGACAAGAAGGAAGUGGAGCUGGUGAUUCGAGGAGAGAAGCUGCCAGGGCGAAGCAUUGUCCCCAGGGGCCCGCUGGUAUUGCCAAUUCCUUCGGAUACACCCCAACCACCCGGUCUGGGCAAUGUUCCGCAUCCACAGCCAUCCGGGUCAGAGGCACCGCCACCAGCCCAGGCGGAUUCAUCAGGAGUUGACAGUUGA